UCACUCUGUUCCGCAGUCUGACAGCCGGGGAGAGCAGGAGACAUGGCAGCUUACAAGAUCGUCCUUAUCCGCCAUGGGGAGAGCACCUGGAACCAGGAGAACAGAUUCUGCGGCUGGUUUGACGCUGACUUAAGUGACACAGGAGUGGAGGAGGCCAAGAAGGGCGGCGAGGCACUGAAAGAUGCCGGCUAUCAGUUUGAUAUCUGCUUCACAUCCGUGCUGAAGAGGGCCAUACGCACCUUGUGGCUGGCGCUGGACGGCACUGACCAGAUGUGGGUGAAGGUGGUGAGGACCUGGAGGCUGAACGAGAGGCACUACGGCGGGCUGACCGGACUGAACAAGGCGGAGACGGCGGCCAAGCACGGAGAGGAGCAGGUGAAGAUCUGGAGGCGGUCGUACGAUAUCCCUCCACCCUCCAUGGAUGCCGACCAUGAUUAUUAUAGCAUCAUCAGCAAGGAUCGUCGCUACGCUGACUUGACAGAAGACCAGCUACCAAGCUGUGAGAGUCUGAAGGACACCAUCGCCAGAGCCCUGCCAUUUUGGAAUGAUGAAAUCGUCCCAGUGAUCAAGGAGGGGAAGAGAGUCCUGAUUGUAGCUCAUGGAAACAGUCUUAGAGGGAUCGUCAAGCACCUUGAAGGUAUGUCUGAGGAAGCAAUCAUGGAGCUGAACCUCCCCACCGGCAUCCCUAUCGUCUACGAGCUCGACAAGAACCUGAAGCCCAUCAAACCCAUGCAGUUUCUAGGAGACGAAGAAACGGUGCGCAAAGCCAUGGAAGCCGUGGCCGCCCAAGGAAAAGCCAAGAAGUAAACGGUCCUUGCCAGAAGACGGCGUCAUCCAUCCCUUUUUUAUUUUAUUUAGUUCACUUUUUAAAGCCGACACUUGACAGCUAGGGAUUCAAAAAUACCGCUAUAUCUGAAGUAGUGCGCCCCUAGCAAACCGUUCGCGUCUCCAGCACCGCCCUCGCAGCUGGAGCCGACUUUAGUGUGUUGCUUGUGCAUUUCAUUCCAGUGUCCUUGGCUAUUAUGUGUAUAGUUUGAUAGAACGUGUGGUCGCCGCGCAGUCCAGUCACACAUCACUUAACUGUCCAAGACGAUGGGGGUAGUAGUUCCCUUCUGUAGUCUUCUGUUACGGUUGAUAAGGGCACUUACUGCGCAGCGCUCCCAUGCGGGUUCUGUUGUACUUUUUCCAAGUUAGCGUCACUUUUAUUCCAUUUCGAAUGCACUUGCGAUAUUCCUCUGUGGCCAGUCACAUUCAUAGCAUGGUGUGCGUUUUAAAUACUGAUGAUGCAUCUUGGGCAUUUACACCAAAAUUCGGGAUUUUCUUUGUUAUUUCAGCCCCAAAUUUGCUGAGACGUAAGAGUUUGUCCCCUAAAAAGAAUUUACUAAUUUGAUAAAAGCCCUUGAGUCGAUCUCUGCUGUCCAGUUAACGCAGGGAUGCCCAACCUGCAGCUCUUCAGCUGUUGCAAAACUACAACUCCCAGCAUGCAUGGACAGUCUACAUUUAUCAGGGCAUGCUGGGAGUUGUAGUUUUGCAACAGUUGGAGGGCCGCAGAUUGGGCAUCCCUGAGUUAACGGAAAUUCACUUUGGCCAUUUCCUGUUCUAAAGAGGUUUUCCCUCGUCAUCAUUGAUGGCAUGGCGUUAGGAUACGUCCCUAAUGCCAGAAAGGUGCAGGUUUCCCUCUCUGGAAACUGCUCCUAUUUUCCAGAUGGGGCCCCUAAAGUGAUGGGAGAGCAGCAACACAUGUGCGUUCACCCCUAUGGGAGCCAAGAAUAGCCUUGCCCCUCUAUUCACUGCUAUGGGACUUCCGAAAACAGCUUGAGCGCUCCCAUAGCAGUGAAUGGAGAGGACGCUGCGCAUGCUCGGUGCUUUCUCCUUCACCUUGAUGGCCCGGUUCUGGAGAUAGGAGCCGAUCCCCAAGGUGGGACCCUCACCUGACAUUUGUAGCAUCUCCUAGCGAUAUGCCAGAAAUGUUGAGAUGUGACAACCCCUUUAAGGACGCUCGGAUGCGGGUAUCGGCUGCAUGUUGCUCCUGAACCUGUGCCAUUCCCGAUCUCGCAUGUACUGGGGUUCAUGGAAACCUCGUCCAACCAGGAUGGUGUUAAAGGGCCAGUCCCACCUUAGUGUUGUGAUGGUGUCGGACCACGACAUUCACAGAAACAAAAGGGACAGGUUCCUUCGAACUGUGCUCCAUUCAGGUGCCCCUUCACAGCUCCACUGAGGAUUAUGGAAGGUCCAGGCAGUCGGACCCCCAGUGAUCCCGGAUGGGGUAUCCUGGCCAUUUGCUAUCCCUAUCUUGGGAAUGCCACUCUAACUGUCUCUAGGCAAGAUGGACGGCGAGCAGUGUUGCAUCUCCCAGCUUUCCCCAGACUCCUGAAUGAUGUAGCGAUGCUCCCUCGGCUGCUAUGUGCCGGCAUAGGUGUAUUUGCCGUUCAGGACUCCAGGAAAGCUGAAUGAUUAUCUCUUUCUGAGCUGAUUGCAUUUCCAGAUAUCAAGCGAGACUCGAGGGCUUCUCAAGAGCGUCUCCUCCUUAUAGGUGCAGGUUCAGACGGUCAGUACACCCGUUUCGGUGCAGCUUUUUAAUCUAGGACCAAUCCUUUUCUGCCAGUACGUUCCAGAUAGCAAUGUUGCGGUCACCUCAGGUGUAAUACUGCAGGUAGUAGCGGACACAUGGCCUGUAUUUUCGAGUCCCUGUGGCCCCAUUAGUCACUCAUGUUAACGGUAAAGUACAUCCCGAUACUGUGGCUAUUUAUUGUGCUUCGCGUCUCCUCUGUGGGUAUUAGAGAUCAAUGCUCUCUACCGAUACGGCCCGGCCAGGUCCUGGCGCUUGUCUCACGGUGGUCACUUUUUUCCUUUUUGUAGAGAUUUCUGUUAUUUAAACCAUGACAAUAAAGGAGUGAUGUGCAAUUAC